AUGCACCCUCCACACCCUUUCUGCAAAAACAGCUGCCAUGUGCAGAAAUGCAGAAACCUGCAAAGUCUGAGAAGAGCACUCUCCUCCUCCUCCCCUCACCGCAAACCCAUGCCCCUUUUGCCCUCUGGGGUCUCCCCUGCCCAGGGAUGGCCAGACAGUGCUGCCCCAGGGAACGACUCCCAGGCCAGGAAGUACAGGACCUUGCGGGAACAGCGCUUGGACACCCUGAGCGCCGUCCUGUGGGAUGAGGACAGUGGUGCCUGGUUCGACUACGACCUGGAGACCGGGAAGAAGAACCAGGAGUUUUACCCAUCCAACCUCACUCCGCUCUGGGCCGGCUGCUUCUCUGACCCUGGCGUCGCAGACAAGGCCCUGAAAUACCUGGAGGACAGCCAAAUCCUGACCUACCAGUAUGGGAUCCCGACCUCUCUCCAGCAGACAGGCCAGCAGUGGGACUUCCCCAACGCCUGGGCCCCCCUGCAGGACGUGGUCAUCAGAGGCCUGGCCAAGUCGUCUUCACCUCGGGCCCAGGAAGUGGCUUUCCAGCUGGCCCAGACUGGAUCCGAACCAACUUUGAUGUCUACUCCCAGACGUCAGCCAUGUAUGAGAAGUAUGACAUCAGCAACGGUGGACAGCCCGGUGGUGGAGGGGAGUAUGAAGUUCAGGAGGGGUUUGGCUGGACCAAUGGAGUGGUCCUGAUGCUCCUGGACCGCUAUGGUGACCGGCUGACCUCGGGAGCCCAGCUGGCUUUCCUGGAGCCCCGCUGCCUGGUGGCUGCCCUUCUGCUAAACUUCCUGGUCAGCCUCCUGCCACGGUGACAGCCCCACCACCCUGCCUGCCCUCCCCACACCUGGCCCCUCCUCCUGCCCCAUUAAACACCAGU